UAAUUGUGAAGUUGUUGAAACUUUUACGUUGGAUUAUUUCUGGGCAAAUUGCUCUGAAAGUCUGGAUGGUUUAGGAAGAUCAAAGCCUAGCAAGUGAUGUGAAAUGGAUUUGGGAGUCCAAAUGCAGGCUUUGGAGCUCCUGAGGUAGUAAAUCAACACUGAGAUUUUGUAGUAAGAUUCUAGAAGGCACAGAGGAAUGGCUCACACCACUCUGCAGCUCCUGGGUGUGGAGGCUGGCACUCAAGUGGAUUAAGGAGCCUAAUCUGGCCCUUCCCUUCUCUGGUUGGAAAGAACAGAGUUAGUUCACUCCUGUGGACUUUGUGCUGCCAUGUUGCUGGAAUGUGAUGUUUCCAUGGAAAUGCACUGAGAUGCCUUAGCUUUGAGGCAUGGAUGGCACCAGGAGGUAUCAGGUCUGUGUUGCAUUGGGGCUGAGCUCUCCUGCAGACAGGGGCAUGAGUUAUGAUAACCAUUGGCCCUGGAGUGCUGAAUUUGCUUCGUGUGUGUACCUCAGCAGUUAAAUAGUGUGAGCCUUGAGAAACACAAAUUGCCUCCAGUUCAUAUUUGAGUGGGAAGGCAGACAGACACCUUUCCUGGUGACAGACAGCACGCACAUAAUCAAAUCUGCAUAUUUAAAAAGAGCUGCUCCUGUGCUGCGUGUCUUUCUUCUAGAACUCUAUCCCAUAGAUGGUGUCUGCAUCCUCUGAGAUGCGUUGUCAUGUCACAGGCUCCUAAUUCCUAUUUAGCCACUUCUUACAUGGCUUGGAAGGAAGGAAGCAUUUAAAUAGGAAGUAUAUAAUGAAAUAUACUUAGAAACCAAUUGAAUCUUGAUGAAGUCAGUAGACAUUUCAGGUGAUGUGAGCAAAGCUUUGGAGCAGGUUGUUACACUGAAUUGUGAAACGAGCUGUUGUCACAUCUCCUGAUUUCAGUCAGCUUGAUUAGCCUCUUGUAUAACCAGGGCAGCUCCUGAGGAGCAGUUACAGGAUGUUUGGUUGGAAGUGUGAAUGUCUGUGCUCUAAAAACCAGGAUUUUGGCUCAGCUCAAGGUCUGUGUGGUGCAGGGAAUUUAUGUUUAGGGACAAAGCAGUGGCAGGUUGUAUAGGGGAGAGAAUGGCACAAGCAAAACAUGGCAAUGUCCAUAGGGCGCAUUAAAUGUCCUUUCCAUUUGAGGCUGCAGCUGGACUCCACUUUCUUGAUGCUAUCAGCAAAUACAGGAGCAAUUUGGAUUGAGGAUGAAGAAGGCAAAUUAUUUCCCAGGCAGCCCCUGCAGAGCUUUUAUUUUACAUGUGAUUUUUGUGAUGAACACGUGAAGGAUAUGCCUGAAUGGAGCUCUGACUUACGCUUUGCUGCAUGAAGUAUUGUCAGCUCGUUUUGUGCUGAGCACUGAGAACUGGUGAACUGAAAGUGUCCCUGAAGAAAGUUGUCUUCUUUGGUCACAGUGCCAUGUGGUGGGGGAUACACAAGCAGGCCCUUGACAGACUUGAUUUAAUACAAGUGUGACAGUGAAAAAUCACUGGCAUUUUGUGUCUUUGCUUCCUGGUUUCCAACUGUUUGUUGUUUGCUUUUGAUUUUUUUUUCCUUCUACUUUUCUCUUUGUUCUUGCAGGUAAAAAUGGCUGCAGAAGAGAAGUGGAAAGGUUUGUCUUCAAAGCAGGACAGUGGGCCUGGAGAGGCAGGUGAAAAGGAACCGGGUGUGCUUCUGAGCCAGCAGCUGGCUGAGCCAGGAAGAUUUGCUUAUGCAGCACUUUGUGGGAUAUCCCUUGCAUGGCUCUUCCCUGAAGAAGAGCAAAGCUCCUUCCGGAUGGGAUUCAUUGAGGGCUUUGUGAAGUGGCUGCACCUGCCUGAUGCUGUCUUACCUGCCAUGACAGCAUUUGCUAAUGGCCUAGGAGGUGAAGGCACAGAAACUUUUGCCCAGCUUUUGCUGCAGGAUCCUGUCUUGAAAGAAAAUCCUGUUGUCAUCACCCAAGACCUUCUGUCCUUCUCUCUCAGAGAUGGGCACUACGAUGCUCGAGCCAGGGUGUUGAUCUGCCACAUCACCUGGCUGCUUAGAAUCCCCUUGGAGGAGCUGGAAGUCCUGGAGGAAUCUCUGCUUGAAAGCCUGAAGGAACAAAAAGAGGAAGAGUCAGAAACUGCAGAAGCAGCAAGAAAAAAGAAGGAAAGAAGGAAGAAGUUGAAGAGGUACCUGCUCAUCGGUCUGGCAACCGUUGGAGGCGGAACAGUGAUUGGCUUGACAGGGGGUCUUGCUGCCCCCCUGGUUGCUGCAGGAGCUGCUACAGUCAUAGGAAGUGCUGGAGCAGCUGCUUUAGGUUCAACUGCUGGAAUUGCUGUCAUGGCAUCACUUUUUGGAGCAGCUGGAGCUGGCCUUACUGGGUACAAGAUGAAGAAGCGUGUGGGAGCCAUAGAAGAGUUUGAAUUCCUCCCACUUACUGAAGGAAAGCAGCUUCACAUCACCAUAGCAAUUACUGGAUGGCUGUGCCCUGGCAAAUAUGGGAGCUUCACAGCACCAUGGAGCAGCAUGUUGCAGUCGAGUGAGCAGUAUUGUCUGGCCUGGGAAUCCAAGUACUUGAUGGAGCUUGGCAAUGCCUUGGAUACCCUGCUGAAUGGUUUUGUGAACAUGAUGGCUCAAGAAGCCCUAAAAUUUACUGUCUUGUCAGGUAUUGUGACAGCUUUGACUUGGCCAACCUCGCUCUUGACUGUUGCCAGUGUCAUUGACAACCCCUGGGGAGUGUGUCUCCAUCGCUCUGCUGAAGUAGGCAAGCACCUAGCACAUAUCCUGCUCAGUCGACAGCAGGGCAAGCGACCUGUCACACUGAUUGGCUUCAGUCUGGGUGCAAGAGUCAUUUACUUCUGCCUGCAGGAAAUGGCUCAAGAAAAAGACUUCCAAGGCAUCAUUGAAGAUGUGGUCUUACUGGGAGCUCCAGUGGAAGGAGAUCCCAAGUACUGGAAGCCUAUUGCAAAAGUGGUGUCGGGCAGGAUCAUAAAUGGUUACUGCAGGGGGGACUGGCUUCUGGGGUUUGUGUACAGAACCUCUUCUGCCCAGAUCAAUGUUGCAGGCCUCCAGCCAGUCGACCUAGAGGACAGGAGGAUGGUAAACAUGGACCUUUCAUCUGUAGUCAACGGCCACCUGGACUACAUGAAGCAAAUGGACACGAUCCUCAAAGCUGUGGGCAUAAAAACCAAGGAAAAGAAGGGCAGUGGCAGCUUCUCCUCCCCUCCAGCCAGGCAGUCCCAGCAGGCAGCGGGCAGUAGGACUCGGGAAGAGGAAGGCACUGUGCAGGAGGAGGAGGAUGAGGAUGAGGAUGUGGCUGCAAGUGAUGCUCUCCCAGCCAGUGCUCACUGCCCAGAUUCCCCCAGCCCUGUCCUGGGAGGAACCAAGGAACAGGCAGCAGGGGAAGGAGCACAUUAGAGCUCGGUGCUGGGCAGAGAUGCUCAACCAGCACUGAAACUGCUUCCAAAGCACUGGCAUUCCCAAAGGAAUAUCGGUAGCACUGGCAGAGCUGCAGCUGCAGGUUUCAGACCCUCCUGAGAGCCUGGAGCAUGGCACCAGUGUGUCACUGGAUCAGAGCUUAUGGAGCAGCUGCCCACAGCAUCUCCCAUGGAGAAGGGGCUGAUUCCUGCCUGAAUCAGCCCUGCUCCUCAGGAAGCGCUUCCCUCCUUG